AGCGGGGAGCCGAGGGGGGAGCAGCCGGACACGGACCACUCUCACACGGAUAUCUCCGCUCGGAUCGCCGCAGGAAGACACCUCCGGGCCCCUCCGUUUCUCCUUCGACCCGGUCCCACAGUCUGCCGCGGGGAGAUGGCCGGUAUCCUGGUGUGGUUCUGGAACGAGCGCUUCUGGCUCCCGCACAACGUAACAUGGGCUGACUUAAAAAACACGGACGAGGCGACGUUCCCGCAAGCCGAGGAUCUGUAUCUGGCGUGUCCUGUAGCCUUCUGUAUCUUCAUGAUCCGGCUGGUGUUUGAAAGGUUUAUUGCUCGACCAUGUGCGAUGGGCCUGAAGAUCCAAACCAACGGGCCACAGAGAGCACAGCCCAACGCCAUCCUGGAGAAGGUUUUCACCGCUAUAACCAAGCACCCAGAUGAGAAGAGGCUGGAGGGUCUGUCCAAGCAGCUUGACUGGGAUGUACGGACCAUCCAGCGCUGGUUCAGACAACGGCGCAACCAGGAGAAGCCCAGCACCCUCGCCCGAUUCUGUGAAAGCAUGUGGAGAUUUACAUUCUAUCUGUACAUAUUUACCUACGGAGUGCGUUUCCUUAAAAAGACUCCCUGGUUAUGGAACACUAAAGAGUGCUGGUACAACUAUCCCUACCAGCCACUGACCGUGGACGUCCAUUAUUAUUAUGUACUGGAGCUGUCUUUCUACCUGUCCUUACUCUUUUCCCAAUUCACAGACAUCAGGAGGAAGGAUUUCCUGAUCAUGUUCCUUCAUCACGUGGCGACGAUCUCCCUCAUCACAUUUUCUUACGUGAACAACAUGGCCCGAGUGGGAACUCUGGUCAUGUGUCUGCACGACGCAGCCGACGUGCUGAUAGAGGCUGCCAAGAUGGCCAACUAUGCCAAAUGUCAGAUUCUGUGCAACCUCCUGUUUGCAAUGUUUGCGGUUCUCUUCAUAAGUUCCAGACUGGGGGUUUACCCUGUCUGGAUUUUAAACACCACCUUGUUUGAGAGUUGGGAGAUCGUUGGGCCCUACCCGUCCUGGUGGGUCUUCAACCUGCUCCUGGUCCUGCUGCAGCUUCUCCACUCCUUCUGGUCCUACCUCAUAGUGAAGACAGCGUGCCGAGCCAUAUCCAAAGGAAAGGUGGGGAAAUGGAAUCCCUUACAUGUGUCAAAAGACGACCGCAGCGACAUCGAGUCCAGCUCUGACGAGGACGACAGCCCCCCCCCCAGUCAGAAGCACCACAGCAGCGCCACCAACGGCACCAACAAAAGUCACGGGACCAACGGCUACCUGACGGGGGCCCCGUAUCCCGACGAACACUGACUCAGAUGACAUCACAACACUGGAGCCAUAAUACAGGCUCCAUCCAUCAAUCUGUGUGCGUGUGUGUGUGUGUUUGUGUAAUUGAGUGUGUGGUGGACACAUGAAAAACAUCGCCUGUCUGGUACUGAAAGUUCUUAUAAGAAUUUUGUGAAUGCAGUUUUGUUAUUGGUUCGAUACUUAACUCAUUUCCUCACGCAGUUUUUCAUCUUUGCAUUUUUGUCAUAUUUGCAUCAAAAUGCACUCAGUGAAAUAUCAAAGCACUCCUAUCGGUACAACCCACUUUCUGUUUAGCCAAUGAAUGAAAAGCAUUCCACUUUCCGGUGUAAGCAUGCUACUUUAACAAACAGCAGUCCGGCAUACUGGGGGUGUGUUUUCCUUAUGUUUGUCUCUUUCUGUGUUAUUUAUUUUUUCUAAAUGUAAUUGCAGACAUGCAAUAGUCAGACAUCUAUUCUACCUUGAUGUCAGUGUUAAAGAUAAUUAUUUUUUUUCCCACGCCACACAUCACGACGAGUAUGAGCACCCGCUGGAGACCUGGGCUUAUGGUUCAAUGCUACACCCCCAAAGAUUUGCCAAAAAACGAUGAAUUGAGUUCGUCUUUACUCACGAAUGGAUUGUAAUGUGGGAAGUCUACUCACCUUUUCAAAACAGAAAGUAAAACAAUCUCCACUCAAACUGUAUAUGAGAUGUCAAUAACAGUAUUAAUGUGUGUGCAUCAGAUAUGGUUCGAGGCUGUAUUCCCUAUCAAAGCAUUUUGUUAAGUAUUCUGGUACAUUUCUGGUUAAGCAUUUCAUUAAAGACCAUUUGCUCUCCUA